CGCCUCUCGUGGAGGACGCGGCCAGCAGUGGGAAGGCCAGCAUGCCGAGGAGAUAGAGCGCCAGACUAAGCAGGAUGGCGCGCGCCCGGCCGAGCCGCGCGUCGGCCAGCCAGCCUCCGAAAGGCGACACCAGGUGCACCCACCCCCGCUGCCCACCUGUGACAACCGAAAAUUCCCACCCGACAGUCCCAAGUAGCCCCACCGACAGCCGCUGAGCCGGAGGCGCCUGCGUACCUGUUGCCACGUUAGGUGGCUGGCACUGCUUCUUCCAUCUAUUGCGGCCAGCCCAUCCCGGGCUCUGCCCCCGCCUGGAGCCCAGCGUUGGCUCGCAUCAUGUGGCCCGUCACGUUGGUUCGCGCCUCGGUCUUUAGCGUGUGCGGUUCCCGAGUAUGAGCCUCCGGCUGGGAGGUUCCCUUGGGCCCUGUUCCCUCCCAACCCCAUUGCCUGCACAGCACCUGGCACGUACCGGAGGGGAGAGUGCCCUUAUGAGAUGGGACCCCAGACGCAAGGAUGCCUCCUCCGCCCUAAGUCCAGAUGAAGAGAGAGCCACUACCUGAGGCUGGCUCGCUGGCAGGUCGUCUGGCCUCCCAGCUGACCUGCCAGCUGAAGGAAGUCACACAAGUAAUUACCAGCAAGGCCAACAGAAAAACUGCCCAGCUGAGCCUCAACCCAGAUUGCAGAAUUGGGAACAAAUCAAAUCGUUGUUAUUUAAACCACUACAUUUUGGGGAGGUUUGUUGGGCAGUUUCAGAUAAUGAACACAUACCCGCCCUCCCCCAUGGCCACAGUCUGCUAACACCAGGUGGCAGCCACUAUCUUCCCGUGGAACACACGCUAACCUAAAUCUUCCCUACUCGCUGUUGUCUAAUUUUCCGUAUAGUAGAGAAAAUAUUCUUUAUCUGCACUGUAAAAUUGGUUCAAAUUUAAUAACAUAAAACAUCCUGGUUCCUCAGGCACAGCAGCCAUAUUUCAAGUGCUCAGUAGCCACAUGUGACCAGUAGCUACCAUAUCAGACAGCACAGUGCAGAUCACCACACACAGUUGUAGAAAGCCCUGGGGACUACAUUGCUCUAAGAUGUACUGGGUGUGAUGGUUACUAACCCAGCGUCCAUACCCUCCCUGUCCUUCCAGACAGAAAAUCCUGAUUCCUUCCAGGUGUUUAUGCUCUGCUCAUCCUCAGCCCUCCCAGUCCUCUACCUGCUACCCUAUAUAGCUCAGGAGAAACUGACUUCAUCUUCGUUUCUGGAUCUGACCAGUCAAAACUAAUGUUAGCUUCUGUGCUUCUUCACAGUGACUAGAUCAGAAACCCAGACUCAUUAUUCGGGGCAUAAAAAUACCCUGGGGCACAAGUGAGGGUGAAUGAUUUAUAUUGGCCCUGUCAAGCUGAAGGAAAGGACUUCAUUCUAUGGCUGUAAGAGAGACACACUCUUCCAGACUGGGUGGGAAUUAGGAAGCCUGUUGCUUUAAUUGCUGCUGGCAGCUGUUUCAGAACUGUGAGAAGAACCAGUUGAGGGUGCAGUCAGCUUUGUCAGGAAGAAAUUAGAUGAUGAAAGUGUUUCCCCUAAGGGGAUUGCCGCCAGGCAAGUUCACUCUGGAUUCCCUGAGACUGAAUAGCAACAACUGAAAGUUAGGGGUAAAAAGGGUUUUUAUACCAAGCUUUAGUCUCAUGGUGGCAGGUUGAAUGCUGGAAUCACAUCUGCCUCUGGGGCAGUCUGCAUGCAGCAAGCCAGUCUCUGUCUCUGCCUUCAGGCUGACCAGUUUAUUAUAGUAACACCAAUAAUAAUGGUUCCCAUGGUACUCAUUAGCCUAGCAGUAGGCCAGUUACAUCAAGUAGUUUAGGGUCUGGUGAGGAUCCUGGCCAUAGGAACUUUAAUUUUCCCUGCAAAAGAUAACAAAUCUUAUAUUGUUUAGGCCACUGAUGUUGGAUUUUCUGUUACGUGUAACCAAAGCCAACUGCCAUGACUAUCAAAAAAUGGAAAAAUAACAAGGAACAGAGAGGUGAUUAUAAAGCUGACAAAUUGAUGUAAGUUGACUGACCACUUUGUAACACACCCUUUUGCCUGAAAGUAAUCGUGUGAGUCUCUCCUCUACACCUAAAGUAAUCAAAUAAAUAAAUGAUCUAACUCAUACAGCAGGUGUCCAAGGGAUAGGAAACCUUUUCUUACAAAGGAUAGUUUUAUGGACAGUCUGCACUUCAGGGCCUCUAGGAAAGGACCUCCCUGCAAGGACGUUCAUAGUGUGGACUGGAAUUGGAAAUGCACUGUGUGCUCCAACAUGCACAGCCCUCCGUCCUCUGUCACUGCCCUGUCCCCUGUGCUUUGCUCAGUGAGGAGCUUGGAGAGGAUGCUAUCUGACAGAAUGAAUUCAGAAGCCGUCAGAGACUGAGCACAUUUCAGGGGCUGCAUCUGGGUCCUUGACUGUGUGAGUGACAUUCUUUCUGGCUGUGCAUCUGCAUUGCUCUUGUCUUGCUGCCCCACAGCUGAAUCUGCUUACAGUUUCAGCUCCCCUCAAAAUGCUGGUUUCCAGUAGCCAUCCGGGGCUUUCUGUGCCGUGCAUACUCCACACAUUCAGCCAACAAGUAGCUAUUAAACACCUGCAUGUCCGGACUGCUCAGCAUCUGCCCUCGUGGCUGAUGCUUCUGCUUUUCUGGUUUCCCUGUUCCAUACAGAGGGACUCUGAUGAGCCCACUCAUCUCUGUGCAUCAGGCUGUGGCCUACAUCUUUAGUGACAUGAGAGUCACAGGCCAUGCCACUGAGUUUUUUACUUUCCUUGGGGAGAGUUGUCAUAAAUUCUUUUUAUUUCAGGGAGUCCCUGUGUUAACAUUUCCAUCAGGCUGCAGAUCCUCUAGGGAGAAGCAGAAACUGUAAGAAUUAAGAGCCUAUUCAACCCAUGGAACAGAAUCAGGUCUUACAUUCUUGAGCCCAAACCAAAACCACACCCACCUGCUUUUGUGUGACUUAAUUCAGCUCUCGGAAUGAUUUAUAUUUUAUUUAUACAGAGGAUGUGGGAGUCUGUGGCCAAGAACGUGGGUUUUGAUUUGAAUUUUUUCAAGCUCUCACUUUGACUCUUGUGAGUAGCAGCCUCUACUACUUGGGUUCUUUCCUUGCUGUAUUUGAAAAAUCCACAAGCUGUCUGCAAAAGUGGAGCUCACCCCUAGGAAAAGCAUAAAGGAAUGAAGGAGUAAGCAAGAGAAAAUGAAUUUUCUCCUCUUGGAAGAGGUGCCCAAUGUUAGCAAAUGUGCAACCGCACCUACCAUUUCAUUUUAACUGCCACUUUUACAAUUCUUUGCAAGCAUCAUAACCUAUAUGCAAUCAGAUCAUUGGUGGUUAUACAUGUACUUGUUUAGGCCUUACAGGAGACAUCACUGGAGGUGAAUACAAAGGACAUAUAUAUAUACAUAUAUAUAUAUAUAAAAUAAUUCAGUGUGUGACAAAGCCAUUUCCAAUCUAUGGGAAAAGAAUGGAUUGUUCAAUAAAUUCUGUUGGAAUAAGCCACUAAAUGGGAGGAAAAUAGGCUUCACGUUUUGUACCAACAUAAAUUCCAGAUGGAUAAAAUAUGAUCAUGCAGAAAUCAAAAACAUAAUAGCAUUAAGAGAAAAUAGUGGCAAAUAUAAAAUCUUAAGGGGAAUGUUUUUCUAAGCCCAACACUAAAGCCAUAAGGAAAACACUAACUACACAGACUUAAAACUUACUUGGAUCAAAAAAGGAUAAUUGAAGUUAACAGCAAAUAAACUGAAAAAAUACUUGAAAUAGAUAUGACGAAGUGAAUGUCCUUUAUGAAGAAUUCUUAGGAAUCCUAUGGAAUUUGUUGGGUAAGCAUCCAAUAAAUAAAACUGACAAAGUGAAUGUCCAGGCAUUGUGGUGGAUAGCCAACUAAUACAAGUAAUACACAUGCGCAUAGAGAAAAGCGAAAAAUAAGAAUACCCUUCAUGAAAAAAAUUACACCAAUAAUUUUAAAUAGCACAAAGGGGACAUGUUUUGUCCCUUGAAUUGAAAAAUACCCAGGUUUGGCAAUGUUUGGGAAAGGAAUGUGCUUAUAAAUGGUCUGUGGAAAGGUAAAUGGGUGCAACUUCUCUAGAGGGCAUCUUGUCAUUUGUAUCAGCACCACAUUUGUCUACACCAUGAACCUGCAAUUACAUCUCUAGGGUUUGAAGGAUGUAUGCAAUGUGUUCAUUGCAAUUUCGCUUAAAAUAGCAAAAAGAUUGGAAGCAACAGAUAUACAAUAAAGCAUUAAGUUAUGGUGCAUGCAUACACUGGGAUAUUAUGUAGUUAUUUAAAUGCUAUUGCAGGAUUCUGAGGUGGAAAAGUAUUUGUGAUAUAUUGUAUUAGUUUUCUUUUGUUACGUAACAAAUUACCACAACUUUAGUGGCUUCAAACAACACCCUCCAGUUAUAUAGGUCAGAAGUCUGGGUAUGGCUGACUGGACUCUCAGUCAGGGUCUCACAAAGCUGAAAUCAAGGAAUGGGCGGAGCUCAGAUCUCAUUUGGAGCUCGUUCUAGCUCCUGCAAUUCUGACAGAAUCCAGUUCUUUGCUGUUCCUUCAUCCCCAAAGCUAGCAAUGGAGAAUCUCCCUGCUUUCAGGUCCCUCUCAUGCUUUCAGCCUUCCCAGCAUCAGGAAAUGCCCAUUCCCUUUACAGGGGCAACUACUGGGUGACACCCUGCAUGAUCUCCCUAUCUUAAGGGCAACUAUUUGGUAAGUUUAAUCACAUCUACAAAUACUCUUCACAGCAGUACCUACAUGGGUGUUUGACUAACUGGGAGAAGGCAUAAAACAGGAGAAAGGAAAUCUUAGGAACCAUGGUAGAAUUUUGCCCACCAUGAUUAUUAAGUAAAAAAAAGCAAAUUACAAAAAUACAUAGAAAGUUCCUAUUUCUUAUAACAAAAUGACAAACACGGCCAGAACAGUAAGAAUCAGUAACAAAAAAAAUAUUCCAUGUAACAGAGCCAAAGAAACAGAUUCCACACUGAGUUUGGGAGGUGUCAAACCUCCUCUGUCUCAGUUUCUCCAUCUGUAAAGGGGUGAAUUGACUGAGGUGUACUGCAGAAUGCACAGAACAUGCCAGGCACCUGGUGAGCACCCAGCAAACAUGACUAUUGUUGUGGUUAUAUUUUUUCAUGUAGUCUGGAAAAACUUGAAGCUAAGCUAUUAAUAGUGUUUAUCCCAGAGUAGUGGGUGGGACUCUGUGAUUUUUAAAUUCUCUAUAUGUGUUAAACAUAUAAUUGUAUAAUAAAAAUAAAUUUCUUGAACAAGUAUGAGUUUCUGUAAACAAUAGGUUACUAUCAGUUGAAAUGCCUUCCCUUUAGUUAUACUCCGAUGUGCACAGAACUAGACCCAUGUCUCUUGCAUUAUUAGAAAUAUGAAGGCUUAUAGCUUUGCCAAAUGCUGGCAGAUUCACUGUCUCAUUCGACAGUAAUGAGAAUCUCUGGGAUGAGCAUCCUCUUACUGAAAAGUUAAGACCAGGGGAUGCUGAGCCAUCACCACAGCAGUGGGAGUCAAAGGCCUGCUCUCUUGCCAGAAGCUCAAAGGGAAAAUCACUUAGUUCUGGUUGACUUCCUCAUGGUCAUUAUGCGAUGCCAGAAAGAGCUAGUUACUUUCAGACCUGUCGCUUUUUUUGUACUUGGCCACUUUCAAGUGCUGUCAAUGAAAGCCAGGAAAAGGAAACAACCAGGGUUCUUAAACUGCAGUUCCACAUGUAUCUCCUCUUUUUUAUGAAGAUUUCUCUUUCCACAAACACACACACCCCUUUGUAGUUCUCAGAACUAUGGGGAGGAAUAGUGUAAAGAUUGAAAGCUCUGGUAGAAGCAAAGGAGGGUGCUUAUUGUCUGAAGACAAAAAAAAGAUCUCAAGUGUUGAUGUUUAUCACAGAGCCAUCUCUAAAGCCCACGGUGUUCUCCCUUGAAAACAUACCACUUUUGUACGGUGUAGAUAGUAAUAUUUCACUUUCCCUGGUGCUAGGAACUAGAGAACUAGUCUCAGCAAACACUACAAUCACAGGAAAAACAGGUUUUGCUUUAUAUGUAUUUUAAGACCCUUAUGUUAGAAGCAUCUGGAGAAAUAUCGUUAAGAGAUUCCUUCAAAUUUUUCUGUUCUAACCCCUCCAUAAUUAUUUCUACAUCAUUCAGUUUGUCUUUUUACCCUUUUAUAUUACAUUCCUGGGAGAAUUAAAAAAUGAUCAAAAUGAGCUAAUUAACUUUGAUACUGUUUAUAGCUUUUCUCAUUUUAUACAUGGGUAAGCUGAAGCAAUCUGGGUAAAGUAAUGGGCCCCGAAAGAUAGGUCAGAAUAUCUUACCUUAUGGAACAGGUGUUUUCCAGAAAAAUGAAAUAAAAGCGAAUUUCAGCCUAGCAAAUCCUAUUGUAGUGCUGACUUAUGUUAAAAAAAUCAGGAAUGCAUUCUCACACGAGUAAGAUCUCAACAGUGCAAAUUCAGUGAUUUUAUGUAAUUCGACAAACAUCCUUCUCAAUGCAUGACAUUGUCCCAGGUAAGCAGUGGUUAGAGCCAUGAGUGAGCUCAGGAGCUUGUUGAGGGAGAAGGCAGGAUGCUCUGUGAUUUAAAAACAGCAUGGAAUCAUUUCAGAAGGGACAAAGUGGCGGAGGGGAACAGUCCCAGAUAAGGCCAUUGGAGCUGUCAUACGCAGCCGUGGUUGAAAUGGCCUCUGUUGGGUUGAAUAGUUGCCCAGGCAAGGAUGUGGCAGCACUUUAGUCCCUGGGACCUUUCGUCUCUUAGUGACCACCAUUAUAUUUCAUGGUGGUGAUGCACCCAGUUAACAGGCUGCAUUACCAGCUGCCCUGGAGGGAAGAUGUGGUCCAGUGCAUGGUAAGAUAAAGGCACAACGGCUGUGUGAAAUUCUGCAAGCCCUGAAAAUGAAAAGCAUUUGGGGUGCACCGUUUUUCCCUUUGUUCCUACUGCCUGGGAUGUCAAUGUGAUGGGUGGGGCUUCAGCAGUCUCACUGCAUCUUGAGGCCAUUUUGAGAAUAGAGGCCAAACAGAAAGAUGCCACAGAAAAAAAGAAGCCUGGGUUCCUGGUGACUCUAUAGCCAGGAAAUAAAAUUCAAUUUCUUCUAAAAAUAGGACUACAGAUCGAUAUUAUAAAGUAAUUGAAGUGAGCCUUCAACCACUGUGGUGAACUGGAGAGCUCAGGUCCCACUGUUUAAUCAAACAUGGAGGCCACUAGCUGAGGGGUUCUAAUGCUUUGGUGUUUAGUGAGUAAACAGGAACCUGUAGAUGCCUCAGGUUAAGAAAUCAAAACCUAAGGAUACCGAAGCACAAGCAGCCAACCAGGAUUUCCACUAAUAGCCAAUGAAUAACCUUAAUUUGCUUCCACUUUUUCUAUAUAAAAGUCUCUCCCUUGGUCCUGUGGGUGGGGAGCUCCUUAACACUUCAGAUUGGGUGCUGCCCAAAUGGAAUCAACUUUUGCUCAAAUAAAAUUUUUUAACAUGCCGCAGUUAAUCUUUUUAGCACAUCUAAAGAGGGCAGCUGUUUCUUAGCUUGGAUCAACUGUGGGAAUGAUGGCUUAAUAUUGUGAGAGACCUCAUUUUUCAAGAGAUCAGAGAAAUCCCUGGUGCUGGAACCCGUGGGAGUAGACGCUGGCCACCCUGUCCCCAUGGAAGUCCACCCAUGGCCUCUUCUGGUCCCUGUGGGAGGGAAUCUGCAAUCAUCCCAUCGAAGGCGACCGCAGCCCUUGGUCCCCAUGGGAGCGGCCCUCAACCACUUCUAGUCUGUGACUUGUGGCUGCCUCUUGUCCCAGUGGGAGAGGAUCUGUGGCCUCCCUUGAUGGGAAGGCACCCGAAAUCACCUCUGGUGCUGGUCCGCAUGAGGGCAGACCCCAGCCAUGCCUGGUGCCCCGUAGAAGCCGACUAGAGGCCACCCUGGACCUCUGGGAGUCCAGCCAUGGUGUCUUCUGGGUCCCACGAGAGGGAACCUGUGAUCCCGGUCGCGGCCGCGCAGCGCCCAGUCCCGUCCUGUUCCAGAAGAGCGGCCUCGCGCCCCUCCCCUCCUGGACUUCGGCGCCCGAGCCCGCGAGUGCGGGCGCGGCCUCGGGAGCGGCGGGCGGGGCUGGCCGAGCGCCGCCGCUCGGUACCCCGGUCCGCGUCCCGUCCCUGCCCCUGCGCUCCCGCCCCGGCCUGGUUCGCGGCGGGCCGGUUGAUGGCCGGGCGGCGGCAUGCGGCUCCUGUUCCUGGCGGUUCUGCGCUCACACACGGGCAACGCGGUCACCGCCGAGCGCGUCCGAGACCAUCUAGAAGCUGCAGGUCACAUGUGUGUCAUGAAAGAUGCCUUUGACUUUGAGAACUCAUCUGAAAUCGCAAACCUCAUCAAGGCUGAGAACUUUGAGGCAGCACUAGCUCUUCAUCUCUACAGAGGAGGCCGACUUUUGCAAGGUCAUGGAAUUCCUUUUGGGAUCAUCUUUGGUGGAACUGACUUAAAUGAAGAUGUUAACCAAGGGGAAAAAAUUGAAGUGAUGGGGAAAGUCCUUGAAGAAGCCAGGUUCGCUGUCGCUUUCACGGAGUCAAUGAAGGAGAUGGCGCAAAUGCAGUGGCCACAUGCUAAGGGUAAGAUCUAUGUCCAGAGUCAAGGAAUUGCAACAGCACCAAACACCGCCUUUAACUGGAAUGCCUUCCUUCAGCGUUCAGAGAUUAACCGAAAUGCAGAUAAUUUACACGUGUUUCUCCUGAUAUGUGGACUUCGGCAAGUUAAAGACCCUCUCUAUUUGGUGGAUGCCUUCUCAGAAUGGCAUCAAGAAGAGCCCAAUGUUUACAUGGUAAUUGUGGGUCCAGAGGUUGACCCAGUGUUCACAAGGGAAGUAAAAGCCAAAGUAAAGAGGACCUCAGGGGUGCGGCUGAUUGGGGAGAUGGCCCAGGAGGACCUCCAUGCGGUGGUGAAGAAUUGCUCCGCGGUGGUGAAUAGCUCUGUUUCCGAAGGCAUGUCAGCCGCAAUUCUGGAGGCGAUGGACUUGGAAGUUCCGGUGCUGGCCAGGAACAUCCCUGGGAAUGUGGCGGUGGUGAAACACCAAGUUACCGGAUUACUCUUUUCAGAUCCUCAGGAGUUUGUUCAGCUGGCAAAGAGACUCAUUAGUGAUCGUGCAUUAGAAAAAGAGAUCGUGGCCAAUGGCAGGGAGUAUGUGAGAAUGUCUCAUUCGUGGCAGGUGGAAAGAGAUACCUACCAAAACCUCAUCAGGAGGCUCGAGGGAAGCAUUCAGGACUGAGGGCGCAUGCCAGCCACUCACGUGUGCCGCCAGUAACCCUAAGAGACAAGUAUGUUUAUGACUCACAUCAUACGGGGAAGGAGUCAGGCAUGAAGAGGCCGAGGAAGUGCCGAGGUAAGGUGUUUAUCUGGAAGCCACAGGUCUGCUUUCCUGCAAAUGAGGCUCUGUGGCGUUUCACUGGCUACAGGAGAUGCUGUGGUCACCUGCCCUUCCUCUCCUCCCGUCAGAGGCUGGCCCUCCAGCUCUCAGACUGUAUACUGAUGGCCUGAGUGAGGGAGAGCUUCCUGUGCGGGCCAGAUCCAGGGGUCAUCUGACGUGGGCAGUAAGGCCAGCACCUCGUUCUGGCCCAGAAACACUAAAGCUUCAGGGCCCCUAUGCACAGGCGUCCUUGGGAUGGCCUGGCAGUUCCACGGCUCCAGGAGCAGCUUUUCCUCUGCACCCUUGAAAAUCUCCAGCUCAGGGUCUGCCCCUGGGGGCCCCAGCCCAGGACAGUUUCAGAAAAAUAGUACUCUAUCUUGCUGGCACUGGAGGAUGUGGCUUGAGAACUUUGCCUCUGCCACAUACAACUUUCCACGUUUAGUACAAACUGUUCUUGCUUGGGAGACUCAAAAUAGUCUCUUAGGUUCUGUGGGUAUAAAAUCUUUCUGAACUCCUGGUCAGAAAAAUGGGGGGGUAAAGGCAGGUUCCUGCUGUGCUGGCCCCCCAGGGAGGUGAUGAGCAGGACCCACCCGUCUGGCCUUGUCUCUCUUGGCUGGGGCUUCCUCCCCACCUUUAUUCCCGAUAACCCAAUACACACAGGUGAAUCUGUAUGGAGACAGGGGUUUGUAGUCACUGCUCCCCGCUCCUCAGUUGUCCUAUACUGGCUGCCCCCAACCCGCAGGGUUACCAAGGAAUGGCACAAAUAGAAUUUUCAAAAAAUGUUAAGAAUGUAAUUCCGUAAAUGAAACCAGGUGAGGUUUCAUUGAACACAUUAAUGAGGGAACCAGAGGGAAAACAAAGCCAGUUCAAAGGACUUGAGAAACUACUAUCUAUGCAAUCAGUGAAAUUUUAAGAAAUUGUAAAAUCAGAUAAAACCAUAAUCAUUGUGGUUGAUGCCCCUAAAUCACUUGCUUAGCAAUUUCACAAAAACCUUUUUGAAGAUCUGAUUUUGCAGAUUUGUAAAAUGUCUGAGUCCUAAUUGAUAACGUAUAUUGUUAAUCAAUAAUACAGAUCUCUUCCUCAGAACCUCUCUCUCUGGCCCCAGUCAGCUGGUCCAGGACUGAACAUUUGAUCUGAGACAGGCCACCAGAACUUCUCCCUGAGAAUUUUGAGAGAAAAAUGCAACAAACAUACAGAAAAGGGUAGAAGAGAAAUAGAGAGAGAUAGAUGGGGGGUGGGGGGCGGCGAGCAUAAAAACGUUCAAUCCCCAGAUUCUGGAUGUUUCUACUCUAGUUCUUGCCCUCUGGUUCCAGAUGACAUAACUUAUCUUUAAAAUAAGAUCUCUCUUCUGCUUGUGCUGGCUGGAGCGGGAGGGCAGUGAGAGAGGCUCACAGUUCCCUGAGGGCCGAUGGUGCACUAGGCGUCCGGAAUGUCAUUGGCACAAAGCACAGACACCUCAAGUCUGAACGCUCUCAGCUUGAGUUCAUUGGGUGAGUCUGUUUUCCGCUACUACAGCAGCGCUGUUUCAGCCAACUUCCGAUGGCAGCCCUGGAGUCAUGCGCGGGCACGGCCUCCUCCUGCACAAACACUCAGGUCUCUGAGCGUGGGCUCCCCAGGCCCGCGGCUCCAGCAGGCAGCUCGGGUCAAGCGUGGGGACCAGGGGCACUGCACACCACAUCCUGACCAGAUCGGUCAGGGCACCUGCUCUCUGCUGUGCAAUUAGGAGGCAGGGACCUCCGUAGAAAGGGGGCACCCACCAAAUGUGUGAGUGCUUCAGAAUCACCAUCUCUCUGGUGAUGCUCAAUGCAAGCUUUCUUUCAAGCUGUUUGGUUACAUUAUAUAUAUGUUAUAUACACACACACAUAUAUGCGUAUAUGUAUAUAUGUGUUUAUAUUAUAUAAUACACAUUUCAUUAUAUCUAUAUUACAUAUUGUGCUGCACAGAGCACAGAAUAGUGUCUCAGAGAAAUAACACUACUGAUUCAUUCAUGCAACUAACAUUGUUCACUAUAUCUAUUUAUGUACAUUUUAAUAUUUAUUUAAAUUCAUAUAUACAGUUAAUGAAUUUAUGUUUUUUUGAUUAACAUAUCAUUGAUAUACAAUCUUAUGAAGGUUUCACAUGAGCAACAUUGCAAUUUCAGCAUUCACCCAUAUUAUCAAGUCCCCCCCACCCCAUUGCAGUCAUUGUCCAUCAGCCUGGUAAGAUGCUAUAGAGUCACUACUUAUCUUCUCUGUGCUAUACUGCCUCCCCCAUGACCUACCUAUAUUGUGAAUGCUAAUUAUAAUGCCCCUUAAUAGCCUUCUACCUCCCUUCCCACCCAACCUCCCCUACCCCUUCCCUUUAGUAACUGCUAGUCCCUUCUUAGAGUCUGUAAGUCUGCUGUUGUUUUGUUUGAUGAAUUUAUGAUUUAUAAAAUAAUUUACCACACUUAAAAUUUAUAUGUAUAAAUAUGUA